CUUCCGAGUCACUCAUUCACUCCUCCACUGUGUCUCGGUGUUCGCUUUAAGAGGCACAGUGACCCACUUUCAGUGUCUGCACGCGCGCGAGAGAGACAAGAACCUGCAGGUUUCUGGACUGACCCGGUGGAACAGAGGCUCGGAAUGGACACCAACUGUGCUAGGAGUCCUGCAGCGGUGCUCGGCUCACCACGCCAUGACCCCAGUCAGAGGGUCACGCCUGCUCCGCACCCUCGUCGGUCACACAUCUUCCUGGACGGAGAGAAGGCCGGAACUGCCCUGAUCCUGUCUGGAUUCUGUCUGGCGCUGAUUGGCGUCACCUUAACCGUGAUGGGCUGGCAGCGCUACAAAGCCAACACCAUGUUUGAGUGGACCCAACUGCUGGGCCCCAUGCUCAUCUCUGUUGGAGGGACUUUCAUACUCACCAGUGUCUGCAAAUUUAACCUGGUGUCCUGCUGGACCUGCAGACAGUGGGAGGAGGAGGUGCCAGUGGUGGGGCAAACAUCAGCAAGACUUCCCGGCGGUGUGAACCAGCCAAUCAUGCUGCACAGUGCCACCACAACAAUGCUGUGUCUUCCCCCAGCCUAUAACUUUGUGACCCAGGACGUACAACAGGCUGUUGACUUCCAACCUGGCUGCUCUCUGAGUGCAGCACUUCCUCCCUAUGGCGCUGUUUGCUGUGCAGAUAACGCAGCGUUCUCAGCAGACGCAGCAGACAACGCGCGGAGCAGGAUUGAGAGGACAGCGGACGAGGGAGGACGUGGCGACGAGAGCGGCGCUACCUGUUCCCGGCCGCCUGCUUAUGACGACAUCUACCCGUCCUCUAACAAACACAGUGUGACAUAGAGGAAAAAAAAGAAUGUAUUAUUAUUUUACGCUUUUUAUGUACAAGAGGAAUGUGUGAAUGUUAAGUUCUGACAAAUUGUUCCACGCUUGUCACAUCAGGAAAAAUGGUCACCUGGACUUUCGCGGGUUGGCGGUGACAUUCAAGUCAAAAUGUUGUGUUUUAAAGGUCCAGUGUGUAAGAAUGAGUGACCUUUUUCCAAGCUUUAUUAUAAUUUAUUAUAAUUAAUAUCUUUGUUAGUGUCAUAAGCUUCAGCUUACACAAAAAAACACAUUUGUCCAUUUAUGCUGCUACAGAAACCUGAAAAGAAAGCCCUUUCCCAAUGUACACAUAAAAGGUUUAUUCUGAUUAUAAUUAUUUUAAACUGAUUUUACACCUGAACACUAAUACUUAUAGGUUUGCCCUUCUAAACGUUACACAUUGGACCUUUAACGCUGUCAAACAGCACAUUUUGAUGAAUUCUACAGAGGACUGCGACACAGUGUGUUGCAUUACGUCCUGAAUGUAAAACAAAUGUUUUUCUUUGUCAUUGGUCAAAGGCAGAUUACUGUGUUCAUUGCUUUCAUUGGUCCAUUUAAAUAUCAACUAUAGAUUUUUCUAGAUAACUAUAGAUUUAGUUUUAAAAAUAUCGACAGGUCGACAUCAGCGUGCCACCAGACGCGCAGCUGCACGACAGACUAAUGUGUACGUACAGAGCCGUGCAUGAACGCUAUUCACUCCCGAGCAAACUGACUGUCACUUUCAAAUGCAGAAUCUCUGACCUUGUGAGAGUUAGUAAAUGUGUCUUGAUCUAAUCUCAUUUUAAUCUAAUCUCACUAUACCAGUGUGUGUAUAUGUGAGGAGGAGGAGGAUGCAUGAUGAGAGAAUAAGUCUGACUUUGCUUUACAUCACUGUAUUUUAACGUUGGCAAUAAUGGUUUUUCUUUGAGACCUCAGGAUUUUCUCAGGAGGUGGUACUUGGUAUAAAAAGUUUGUCUCGUUGUUGAUGCUUGUACAAUUAUGACGACAUUGAAAGGUUUUUGUGGAACCCAGGAAGAAUAUCUGCAGCAGCUGAUGGUGGAUCCUAGUAAACUUUUUACUUUUUUUUUAAAUUAAAAGCUUUUUAAAACCCUAA